CAUCCAUCUUCCAUACAAUAUUGAAACCAUCAUUAUGAGGGAAACUUUCCGUGCUAUGCUUGUUCUAGUUAUUGUAUUGUUCUUUGAAGCUGCAGAGCUUUGUUCCAGUCGGAACACGAGCUUUAGCUGUAUAGAAAGGGAGAGAGAAGCCCUCUUGAAGUUCAAACUAUGUUUCCAUGAUCCAUCUCGUAUGUUGUCUUCUUGGAGAGGCAAUGACUGUUGUGAAUGGAGAGGAGUAGGUUGUGACAAAAAUAACCAAUAUGUUGUCUCACUUCAACUCAGGGGAUCAGUACCUGAUCGACUUUAUUCGCACUUUAUUGACGAUCAACAACCUCAAUUGUACUUGAUUGACCAUGUAGAGGAGGUUGUUUCAAGUUUGCUCAAGCUGAGACACUUGGAACACCUAGACUUGAGCAACAAUAAUUUCAGUGGUAAUCUUAUUCCACCUUCCUUUGGCUCGAUGAAGCAGCUGCGAUUCCUAAAUCUCUCUUAUACGCAAUUCAAAGGGAGAAUUCCUAGUGAACUUGGAAAUCUUACAAGGCUUCAUGUUCUUGAUCUUUCUCAUAAUUAUUAUGGGAGAUUGAAGGUUGAUGAUGACAUUCAGUGGAUUUCUCGUCUCUCCUCUUUGCAACAACUUGAUAUGAGUGGAGUAAAUCUAAACCAUGCCUCAUCAAACUUGUUCCAGCAACCAAUUGAGUGGGAGUAUUCCAGAUAGCAUCAGGCAACUUUCUAAGUUAGAGAGCCUAGAUCUUUCUAACAAUCAAUUGAGUGGGAGUAUUCCAGAUAGCAUCGGGCAACUUUCUAAGUUAGAGAGAAUACAUCUUUCUGACAAUCAAUUGAGUGGGAGUAU